CUAGUUGGGAGAAUACUGGAGAAUAGGGUUUUUGCGUAAAGAAUUUUUCAACUUAGAGAAAUGGAAAAAAUUGCAAUAUCGGUUUAAAUUGUUACACUUUAGUGAAAAAUAAUGUUGAAUGGUGUGAAAAUAUUUUAAAAAGAAAAUGUGCAUAUGUUUAAAAGAAAAAAUAAAAGAGUGAAAGCAGAAGUAGUGCAGUGUAGUAUUAAAUCAAAAAAUUUGGCAUGAAAUACUUAUUUAUAUUUUGAGAGAAACAAAAUUUUUUUAAAACAUACGAGACGUGCAUACAAUUAGUAUAUUUUCGAAAGGACGCGUGCCUCGUCCUUAAGACAGUGUAAAACAGUUAUUUGCACGAAAUAUAAAAAGAACAACUGCAACAACAAAGCAAUAUCAAUUAAUUAUAAUUCGACAAACGCCAUCGGAUAUCUUCGCAUAUAAUUGUAUUAAAUUGAAUCUCACAACACCUUAAUUCUUCAAACAGCAAAAUACGCAAAAUUUAUAUAUAACCGUCGCUCAUAAACUCUGUUCUUUGCAACGACGGUAACAAUAGUAAAAAAAAAAAAACAAAAAAAACCAAUACUUCGCAUAAAUUCGAUAAAAGCUAAUAACUAAUUAUAAUUAAAAACAGCAAAAAUCGAAAAUCACCAGCAUAAAAAUUCAUUCCGAUGGGCACUAAUUCAGGAGCGACCACUGGUAUAAAUAAUAAACCCGUCGGUGCGGGUGGUGCAAGCGGUAGUAGCGUUGUGGGUGGCGGUGGUGGUGGCGGUAGCGGUGUGGGUGGUGUUGGCGGUGUUGGUGGUGUCGGAACCAACAGUUUGAGCGGUGUUGCCGGUGUCGGUGGCCUAGCCGGUGGUAAUGCUAAUAGCGCUGUGGGUGCUGGAGGCAUUGGUACUGGCAGCAACGGAAGCGACGACAGCGCCAAUAGUGGCGGCGGGCCAAGUGGACAAAACAAUCAACAAACUACACCACAAUAUACCAUACCAGGUAUACUGCACUUUAUACAGCACGAAUGGUCUCGCUUCGAGUUGGAGCGCUCACAAUGGGAUGUGGAUAGAGCUGAAUUACAGGCACGCAUAGCCAUGCUAUUGGGCGAACGAAAAUGUCUCGAGAGCCUCAAGUCCGAUCUAACACGACGCAUUAAAAUGUUAGAGUACGCUUUGCGCCAAGAGCGUGCCAAAUUCUAUCGACUAAAAUAUGGUACUGAUCCGCCUCAAUUGAACGAAUUGAAACCGCCAACAGAUGAUGCCGGUCUCGGCAGUGAGGUUGCGCCCGAUUCCGAAGUACCCUACAGUUCAGUAUCGAAUACAACUUGGCGACAGGGCAGACAAAUGCUGCGGCAGUAUUUGGCCGAAAUCGGUUACACAGAUAAUAUAAUCGAUGUGCGUUCGAAUCGGGUGCGCUCCAUACUUGGUCUCAAUAAUAACUCCGAACAGGAGGAGAAUGUCAGUCCCAACAUCAAUGGCAAUGAGAAUAAUAAGCGUGCUGCGGAAUCCGAGGGUCGUCGCACACCAGCUAAGAAAGCACAACAAAACGAUGCCAUAAUUUUAGAUACUGAAGCAGCGGUAAUGGCUAAUUUUGAAUUUCUUGGCACUACUGAAAUGUCCGAUGAUGAUGAGAUUUCCGAUGAUCUCGAAAUGGUAUCUGGUGAGAAUGAUGAUGCCGAUGUGAAGACUACAAAGCGUAACAAGUGUAGCAAGGAUAUGAUUAGCGAAGAUCUUGAUGCCGAGGUUGGGGAGCAGCUUCUGAAUGAUAUAAAUCUAAUAACCGAAGCUGCCUCAGCCGCGGCUCGGCGCAAUCUUAUCACCGCCGUCACAGCCGGUGGCGACGAAGAGGUUGAUGCUUCGCUCGGCCUAGGCGAGUUAGCUCAACUAACGGUGAAUAACGAGGCGGAGAGUUCGUACGAUGCAAACGCCAAGGACGGCACUGGCGGCGGUACUGGUAGCUACCGCAAAACCUGGAACGCCAAAUAUACGCUGCGUUCGCAUUUCGAUGGUGUACGCGCAUUGAUUUUCCACCCGGAAGAGCCGGUGCUGAUCACCGCUUCUGAAGAUCACACACUCAAAUUGUGGAAUCUACAGAAAACGGUACAAGCCAAAAAGUCAGCUAGUCUCGAUGUAGAGCCAUUGUACACGUUCCGUGCGCACACCGGCCCCGUACUGUGUCUCGGCAUGUCCACUACCGGUGAAUUUUGCUAUUCGGGCGGUUUGGAUGGUAACAUUGAAUGUUGGCAACUACCAUCGCCCAAUAUCGAUCCUUACGAUUGCUAUGAUCCGAGCGUACACUCUGGCACAUUGGAGGGCCACACAGACGCCGUGUGGGGUCUGACUACGAUGCAUAGCAAUAUUGUGUCAUGCUCAGCCGAUGGCACCGUGAAACUCUGGUCGCCGUACACCAAGGAACCGCUGUUGCGCACCUACACUGCUUCCGAGGCUGAAGGUACACCAUCAUCGGUUGAUUUUGUGCGCAACGAGGUGGAUCACAUUGUCGUGGCAUAUAAUAGUGCACAUUGUAUUGUGUAUGACACAGAGACCGGCAAGCAGGUGGUCAAAUUGGAGGCUGCUCAGGAGAUGUCUGGCAAUACGGGGAAAUUUAUUAACAAAGUGGUAUCGCAUCCGACGCUGCCUAUAACGAUCACUGCACAUGAGGAUCGUCACAUACGCUUCUGGGAUAACGUAUCGGGGACGUUGAUACAUUCGAUGGUGGCACAUUUGGAGCCUGUCACGUCGCUCGCCGUGGACGCGCAUGGGCUGUACUUGCUGUCGGGCUCACAUGACUGCUCGAUACGACUUUGGAAUUUGGACAAUAAGACAUGUGUGCAAGAGAUUACAGCGCAUCGCAAGAAGUUCGAUGAAAGUAUAUUCGAUGUGGCGUUCCAUGCUACCAAACCAUACAUCGCUAGCGCCGGAGCAGAUGGCUUGGCCAAGGUGUUUGUUUAAGUAUAAAUUUUGGAUAAAGCGCAAUCUAUAGCAGCACCAACACCAUCACCAAAACCACAACAACAACAACAACAUGUUAGAUGAUACAAAAGAAGCUUGACGGUAGUGAUGUUAAAAUUGAUCAUAAUGACUAAGCGAAGUUGACGAAACCGGCAGAGGAAUAGAAACGCGUAUAGUAGAACUCCGGACACCGUGGGGAGAAGGAAGUCGAAUAGCAAGCAAUUGAGCGGUUAAACAGUAGUGCAAGUAGAGCUGUAGUUGGUUUAAAUUAACAAAGCAGAAGUAACGGAAACAAAAUAUAUACAAAUAUGAUACAUUUAUUAUUAUGAAAAUAUGGAUUAAGAAGCAUUUCUACUACAUACAUACAACAACAAAAAGAAAAUUGCUAUAUAUAUAUAUAUGCAUAAUAAAUAAAUAAUACAACUUUUCUAAAAAAAAACAAAAAACAAAAAGAAAAUAAAAAAUAAAACAAAAAUUAAAACUAAAUUAAAGAGCAUUCAUGAAUCUGAUGAAUGUUUCCCAUGUCUUAGAAGUAGCGCUAGAGAGUACAUAUUUGCGAACGCAAGCGGCAAACGAAUGAUAUACUCAACCACAAUUGAAUACGUGUAUAUUAAGUGUAUGAAUAAAUUUAAAAUAUAUGUAGCUUACAAAUACAAA